UUAAAUCUCUUCCAUCCACAAAACUUACAGGAAAGUUAGCGGUGUACAGGAAUUGUUUAGUGUGAUAGUGUCGCAGAAUGGGUCGUCUAUAAUCUGGUGUAAAAUCAAUGAAUGUUUCUGCUCAGGUGGAGGAUUUGAAGACGUCAUUUUGCCAGCUUUCAAGUUUGGAUUCAGCCUAUGGGACGUUAUGGUCCAUGAUAAUGAAGCAGAAGCCAUGAAAGCUCCGGGCGUUUUUCCUGAUGGAUCCUCAUGUCGGCACACGUUUGAUCCCUCUGUCAGAGUGAAGAUGUCAGGCUCACGUGUCAAACAUCUACCCUGGCUGCACAUACAGCUGCUGGUCGUCCUGCUGGCGACAGGUCAGGCUUCCUGUAAUCAAACCUCCACUGUUCCCUCCACUCUCUCUUCUACAACAAAUGCACAGGCUCCAGCAGUAUACUACUUUGUUGACAUUACUGUGAAUGUUAAUGGAAAGAUGAAGAAUGAAUCAGAAAUCAAGGCCUGGCUUAACCACAUGCUGCAAAACAGCCUGGAGAGCUGCAGGUCUCCCAACCAUAACGAAACAACUGUCCCACCCACCUCUCCGCAAACUACAUCUGCGAGCACAUAUGAGACGAUUCUCAUGACGACAGCAUCAGCAUCACAAAACUACAACACAACUACAGCGGCAACAACAUCACAAAAAGAUGGCACAAUCACAACGGCAGCAUCAACCACAUUGAAAAACCACAACACAAAUACAGCUGCAACAUCAACAGCAUUACAAAUCUCCAGCGUGGCUACAACCACAGCAAAUCAGUUGACCACUGUGGAGGUCACACAGAACGACAGCUCCAAACCAUCAAAGAACCCAAAUCCCAAUUCCAAUUCCAAAACUAGUGCAAGCAAGCAGCGCAUGGCUAAUGAAAUCCUCACUGGUGUGACACAAAACAGUUGGAUCAGUACUGACAAUACAACUGGCCUUGUGCAAGCAAUUGACAUGACCUGCAUGGAAGAUGCAAUGCAAAACACCAGCUGUGCUGUGAUGCUGAAGCUGAAGCACAGCGUACAUCCAUGUUGCAUCCUGCAAACGCUCUGUAGAGCCAGUAAAACUUCCUCUGACAUCCAGGUGGUGGGAAGAAAAGCAGACAAAACGAGUCAGCUACAAAGUGAGUGCAAUAGCAAUCCGCAGGAGGAAAGAACUUGCAUUUAUAAUGGUCAAACAGGUGCAUCGUGCGAAGAGUCUGGGCCUGCAUAUGUGGUUGAUCAAAGCAACUUUACUCACUGUGGUGCAGAUAUGGGGAACAACUGCAGCUGCUCUGCUUACUGCAGUGGAAGAGACGCAUACUACACUUUUCAAUUUUCAGUAAAAGAGCUCAAUAUGAACAUUUCAUAUGUCUUGUCCCUGAUUUCAAAGUUAAAACACCUAUUAAAUUGCUCUCAAAAUGCAGAUUGUCCACUGUCCAUCGUUGCAUCUGAAUACAAGGAUGCCAAUGUGACCUGUGGAAUCACAGAAACAAAUGUUUUAAGCUGCAGAGGGAUUUUAGGCUUUGCCCGUGAAGUUCCUAUCUGUUAUGUGUCGGCAGCUGUGAUGACUGUUUUUCAAUCUGAGAAACAAAUCAGUUACACCGGGCUAGUGACCCGAGCAGCAAUUUGUGGUAAAACGGUCAGUGACGAUCCACUGAAAUCCCCGCUCACGUUGGUUGAAGUUAACCUAACGCCAGCUACCUUUUGUACGACAAUAAAAGAGACUAACAUCCUUAAAUGUCCAAAUGGAAUCAAUGUAGUUGUGCAGCUGGAUGAGCAGUGUGUUCAACAGCCAUUUACCACAUCCAGUCCAAAUGUGACAACUGCACCACAAAACACCACCACCACCGUCUCAUCUGUAAAUGUAACUUCACCCCCACUCAACACAACAGCUGAAUCCCUGAAUACCACCACCACUGCUGCUAAUACCACAGUGACAGCAACACUCAACCCAACAACAACCACUACAAAUGGAUCCGUCCAUGUGACUCCAUCAGAAAGUCCAACAACCACCCUAUCAGCUGACGCCCAAGCCAACGCAUUGCUCGAGCUGACCAGAAAUGUGUCCAAACUGAACGCCAGCCAGGUGGCUCAGCUGGUGUCCCAGCUGGAGAAUCUUUUGUCGGGCCCAACCGUCAGCCUGGCGCUGGGAAACACCUCCGUCCACAUCGUCAGCAAUCUGCUGAGUGCUUCUCCUGAGACGCUGUCUGACUCCUCCAACAGGAUUAUAGGGAUUGUUGACACAGUGGCACUGAAGCUGGUCCUUGACAAACAGACUGAGACCCUCUUGUCCCCGGCUGUGGCUCUGUCUGUCAAAUCAGUAGAUGGCAGUAACUUUCAGGAAACAUUUUUUUCCAUCUCAGACCCCACUAAUGUACAGGUCCGUGGGGAUUCCAGGAGCAGAAGGAGUGUGAGAAAUGACUCCUCCAUCCCUCAGGGCUCCAUCAGGCUGCCCCCGACUCUUACACAGAACCUCACUUCAGAGGAGCAGCAGCUGGUCUCCAGAGUUCAGUUCAAUUUCUACCAGAAGAGCACAGUGUUCCAGGACAAAUCUCUGAUAGAACAGAGACUCAACAGUGGGAUCCUGGGUGCAAGUGUGGCCAACCUGACAAUCACAGGACUGCAGGACGACAUUGUAAUUCACCUGAGGAACACAGAGCCCAUUCCAGAUAAUUUUGAGCCUAAAUGUGUUUUCUGGGACUUCACAUUAAAUAAUGGAUCAGGUGGUUGGAAUACAAGUGGCUGUUUUGUCCGAAACAGCACAGUCAAUGAGACAGUUUGUAGCUGCAACCAUUUAACCAGUUUUGCUAUCCUGCUGGACCUCUCCAGACAGCCAAUAACUAGUCGUAUCCAAGCCACCAUCCUCUCCUUCAUCACAUAUAUUGGCUGUGGAAUCUCUGCCAUCUUCCUGUCUAUCACACUGCUCACCUACUUGGCCUUUGGAAAGUUGCGUAAGGACAUCCCAUCUAAAAUCCUAAUCCAGCUGUGCCUGGCUCUGCUGCUGCUGAACCUUGUCUUCCUGGUGGAUGCGUGGCUGGCGCUCUACCCAGACGCUGUGGGUCUCUGCAUCUCCACUGCUUGGUUCCUUCACUACUUCCUGCUGGUUACUUUCACCUGGAUGGGACUUGAGGCCGUCCACAUGUACUUGGCCCUUGUGAAAGUCUUCAACAGCUACAUAUCACACUACAUGGUGAAGUUCUCGCUGGUCGGCUGGGGUAUCCCGAUGAUUGUGGUCAUUAUUAUCAUUGCGAUUGACAAGAAUAACUACGGUCUUGUCUCUUAUGGGAAGUUUCCUGAUGGCACGAGUGACGACUUCUGCUGGCUGAAAAAUGACAUUGCCUUCUAUGUGGCAGUGGUGGCCUAUUUCUGCGUCAUUUUUCUGUUCAACCUCAUCAUAUUCAUUGUGGUGUUGGUGCAGUUAUGUAGGAUAAAGAGGCAGAACCCUCACAAUGCGCUUCACCGCACCACGCUGCAGGAUGCACGCAGUGUGGUGGGGAUAACCAUCCUCCUUGGUCUCACUUGGGGCUUUGCCUUUUUUGCCUGGGGUCCCCUCAACCUGCCAUUCAUGUACCUCUUCGCCAUAUUUAACUCCUUGCAAGGUUUCUUUAUAUUUGUGUUCCACUGUGCGGUGAAGGAAAACGUGCGGCGGCAGUGGAGGACCUACCUGUGCUGCGGCAGGAUGAGGCUAGCAGAGAACUCAGAAUGGAGUCGCACUGCAACACAGAAGACUGCGAAGAAGUCAUCAGUGACCAGACUAACAUCUCUUCAUUCCUCAAAGUCCAACAACUCAUCCAGCUCCUCUUCUUUCCUUGUCAGCGAGUCUUCAGAGCAGAUUAAUGGUAUUGGUAGCCCAUUUGAGGACAGAGCAAUCACAGCUGAUGAAGACCACAGGAUGGAUGUGAUCCUCAAUGAGAUCAACAGGCAGCACAGAAACCAAUAAGCACUCUGAUCCAAAAAUGACAGAACAGACUGAUUAAUGGCUUUUAUUCUGAAAUGUUGCAUAUAAUAUAAUGUAAAUGUAAUUUAGUAACUUAAUUACCGUCCGUCUGAACAUCAUGUGUAUUAUUUGAUUUGUAAUGGGACAAUGAAAACCUACAUUAAACAUGCACUUUUCCUAAAUAUUUGUGCAGUGAGGCUGAAUAUUCGUUUGUACAGAAAUAUCAUCACUAUAAGCAUUCAUGUUCCAAAAAUACUGUGCAUACUCUGAUCUUGACUCAACAGACUGGUAUCGGUCCUGUCUAACAUGUGCUAGGUUCAAUAUGGCCAGAGGAGGUACUCUUGUACUGUCUGUCCCAUUAUAGUCAUAUCUCAGGUGUCUGUCUCAAAUGUUAAACAUCUGCCUAAAAAAGACGAGUGUUGGCUUUGUUUGUUUGUUUGUUUGUUUGUGAAAUAAGCCACACACACAGUUUAAAAAUUGUAUUUGUACUUUUUUGUAUGUUUGCCAUUUUGUAUUGUUUGCACAUGUAAAUCAACUAGACUGUGUACAAAAGA